GCGGCGGCGGCUCCGGGCCUCGCGAGGGCGGCGGCGCGCGUGCCGCGCGGUGGGGGCCGCCUGGGUGGACUUUCGGGCCGGCCGGGGGCGGGCUCGCAGGCCGCCGCCUCUGCCUCUCCCGCCCCCUGAGCCGCCCCAGAAGCGGGAAGCGGCGGCCGCUCCGCCAUGGCCUCGGGAGCCGGAGGAGUCGGAGGGGGCGGCGGCGGCGGCAAGAUCCGGACGCGGCGGUGCCACCAGGGGCCGUUCAAGCCUUACCAGCAGGGGCGGCCACAGCAGCAGGGCAUUCUUAGUAGGGUUACAGAAUCUGUUAAGAACAUUGUGCCGGGAUGGCUGCAAAGAUACUUUAACAAGAAUGAAGAUGUGUGCAGCUGUUCAACAGAUACAAGAGAGGUACCUCAGUGGCCAGAAAAUAGAGAAGAUGACCAUCUGAUAUAUGCUGAUGAGGAGAACUCUAAUAUUCAUGAUGGGAGAAUCACUCCUGAGCCAGCAGUCAGUAACACAGAAGAACCCUCAACAACUAGUACUGCUUCAAACUAUCCAGAUGUAUUAACAAGGCCUUCUCUUCACCGGAGCCAUUUGAAUUUCUCCAUGUUGGACUCUCCUUCGUUACACUGUCAGCCCUCCACAUCCUCGGCAUUCCCAAUUGGCAGUUCUGGUUUUUCUCUUGUGAAAGAAAUUAAAGAUUCUACCUCUCAGCAUGAUGAUGAUAACAUCUCAACUACUAGUGGCUUUUCUUCAAGAGCUUCUGAUAAAGAUAUAGCUGUUACAAAGAACACUUCAGUGCCACCUCUGUGGUCCCCAGAGGCCGAACGUUCUCAUUCACUGUCACAGCACACUGCCACUAGCUCAAAGAAACCAGCAUUCAAUUUGUCUGCUUUUGGGACACUUUCCCCUUCUCUUGGGAAUUCCGCAAACCUUAAAACAAGUCAGCUUGGGGAUUCUCCUUUUUAUCCUGGAAAAACGACCUAUGGAGGGGCAGCGGCUGCUCUAAGACAACCUAAACUACGGAACUCACCGUAUCAGGCACCAGUCAGAAGGCAGAUGAAAGCCAAACCGCUCAGUGCACAGUCCUAUGGUGUGACUAGUUCAACAGCUCGGCGGAUUUUGCAGUCUUUAGAGAAGAUGUCCAGUCCGCUAGCGGAUGCAAAAAGAAUUCCAUCUGUUGUUUCUUCUCCCUUGAGUUCUCCUCUUGAUAGGAGUGGGAUAGAUGCCACCGCAGAUUUUCAGGCCAAAAGAGAAAAGGUGGAUUCUCAGUAUCCUCCUGUUCAGAGACUCAUGACCCCAAAACCAGUUUCCAUAGCAACGAAUCGAACUGUUUAUUUUAAACCAUCUCUCACCCCAACUGGUGAAUUAAAGAAGACUAAUCAAAGAAUAGAUAAAAGGCACAUUAGUGUAUGUGAAAAAAAUACACUACCAGGGCAAAAUAGAGAACGGGAAAGUGGCUUUUCUUACCCACAUUUCAGUAUAUCUGCAGCCAAUGGUUUAUCUUCUGGCGUGGGUAGUGGAGGCGGCAAGAUGAGGCGAGAGCGAAUACAUUUUGCUGCAGCUAAAGUUCCCGAAGAAGAGGAAAUGGAAGUACCAGUAUUACCGAAAAUCGCUCUACCCAUCACUAGUUCUUCACUGCCCACCUUCAACUUUAGCUCAUCUGUGAUCACAACUUCUCCGUCAUCCAUUAGUCCUUCACAAUCAUCAACAAGCAAGCAGGUACAAAUGACCUCUCCAAAUAGCACUGGCAGUCCCAUGUUUAGAUUUUCAUCUCCAAUUGUAAAGUCUACUGAGGCAGAUGUACUACCUCCUUCAUCUAUUGGGUUUACGUUUAGUGUACCUGUUGCAAAAACAACUGAAUUUUCUGGCUCUGGUAGUGUUUCAGAACCAAUCACAAGUAGUUCGGCUCAAGAUAAUACUGCAGUUAAUAGUAAUACAAGCUGUAAGAAGCCAAAUGAAGAUUUUGAGGGCCCUUUUAGACCUGCAAAAAUUCUGAAAGAAGGAAGUGUCCUAGAUGCUCAGAAAUACCCUGGCUUCUCAUCACUGAAGACAGAUUCUUUCGCUGCUCAGCCUACCACCACAAGCCCAGUAGUUUAUACAAGACCAGCAAUAAGUAGCUUUUCUUCUAGUGGAAUUGGAUUUGGGGAAAGUUUAAAAGAUGGAUCUUUGUGGCAGUGUCAAGUUUGUCUAGUCCAGAACAAAGUUACAGACAGCAAGUGCUCCGCUUGUCAAGCAACAAAAUUACCAUCAAGAGAUACUGCUAAACAGUCUGGAAUUGGGGCACCAAGUAAAAAUGGCAAACCAGUUCUUUCUGCAUCAGGGACAGGCUUUGGAGACAAAUUUAAACCAGCAGUAGGAACUUGGGAUUGUGAUACUUGCUUAGUGCAAAAUAAACCGGAAGCGAUCAAGUGUGUGGCUUGUGAAACACCAAAACCUGGAACUGGUGUUAAGCGAGUCCUUACAUUGCCAGCAGUUUCCGAAAGUGCUGUGACUCUGGCUACUUCAUCUUCCAGCUGCACUGUGACCACUGGUACCUUAGGAUUUGGUGAUAAAUUCAAAAGGCCUGUGGGAUCUUGGGAGUGUCCAGUAUGCAGUGUUGUUAACAAGGCAGAAGACAGUAAAUGUGUGUCCUGUAUGUCUGAGAAACCAGGAAGUUCUGUACCUGCUUCAAGUAGCAGCACUGUCCCUAUUUCUCAGUCUUCCGGAGUCUGUUUAGGAUUGGACAAGUUCAAGAAACCCGAGGGAAGCUGGGACUGUGAAGUAUGCUUAGUGCAGAAUAAAGCAGAUUGUACCAAGUGUGCAGCAUGUGGAAACGCGAAGCCAGGCACACAGGCAGAGUUUAAAGGCUUUGGUACAUCUUCCUCAUCUUCGAAUUCAGCCGCCUCAGCCUUCAAAUUUGGUAUUCCAUCAUCCUCUUCUGGGCCCACUCAGACUGUAUCAAACACUGGUAACUUCAAAUUUGGAGAUCAGGGAGGUUUCAAAAUAGGCGUGUCAUCAGAUUCUGGGCCUGUAAACCCCGUGAAUGAAAGCUUUAAAUUCCCUAAACCAGUGGGAGAUUUUAAAUUUGGAAUUGUGUCUGAUUCUAAACCUGAAGAAGCUAAAGAUACUAAGACUGACGAUAACUUUAAGUUUGGACUAACCACUUCUUUAAGCAAUCCAGCUUCUGUAACACCAUUUCAGUUUGGGGUAUCUAAUCUUGGGCAGCAAGAAAAGAAAGAGGAACCACCUAAACCAUCACCUGCAGGCUUCAACUUUGGUGCCGCUACUGCUAACACCACGGUGACCUCUGAUAGUAAGAGCAACUUCAGCUUUGGAACCCUGGAAACCAAGAGUGUCUCAGCGGCUCCUUUCACGUGUAAGACCUCCGAAGGGAAAAAAGAGGAAAUGCCUGCCGCCAAAGCAGCGUUCACUUUUGUCAACACAGAACCUGCCCCUCUGCCAUCUGCCUCAUUGUUUGUUUUAGGAAGGACAGAAGAGAAACAGCAAGAGCCUGUCACUUCUACUUCUUUAGUGUUUGGGAAAAGCACUGAUAAUGAAGAGCCAAAGUGUCAGUCAGUGUUUUCCUUUGGGAGUUCAGAGCAAACCAAAGAUGAGAAUUCUUCAAAGUCAACCUUCAGUUUCAGUAUAGCAAAACCAUGUGAGAAGGAAACAGAACAGCCACAGCCAACAAAGGCCACUUUUGCUUUUGGAGUUCAAACCAGUACUACAGCUGAUCAAGGUGCAGCAAAGCCGGUUUUUAAUUUUUUGAACAGCAACUCCUCUAAUGCAAGUACGACAGCUACUUCAACUGGUGGUAGUCUAUUUGGUGGCUCCACCACUUCCUCCACUGCGCCGGUGACUGCCUUUCUGUUUGGACAGGCCAGCAGUACUGUGAGCAGCUCUGCCUUUGGCAACAGUGCUGAGUCCAGCACAUCUCAGUCUUUGCUGUUUCCUCAAGAGAGCAAACCAGCAACCACCUCCAGCACAAGUACUCCUGCCACCGCGUUUGUCUUUGGUUCAGGAGCCAGCAGUAAUAAUACUGCAACCUCGGGGUUCAAUUUUGGAGCCACAACCACAUCUAGCUCUGCAGGAUCCUCCUUUGUAUUCGGCACUGGGCCUUCAGCACCAUCUGCCAGUCCAGCCUUCGGUGCUAACCAGACCCCGACAUUUGGACAAAGUCAAAGUGCCAGCCAGCCUAAUCCGUCAGGCUUUGGAUCCCUGUCAUCCUCAGCAUUGUUUUCUGCUGGUUCUCAGCCUGCACCACCUUCUUUUGGUACGGUGUCAAGCAGUAGCCAGCCUCCUGUGUUUGGACAACAGCCUGGUCAGUCUGCAUUUGGCUCGGGAACAGCUCCCAGUUCUGGCUCCGUUUUCCAGUUUGGCAGCAGCACCACCAAUUUCAACUUCACAAACAACAACCCCUCGGGAGUAUUCACGUUUGGUGCCAAUCCGAGCGCACCUGCAGCCUCAGCGCAGCCUUCUGGCUCUGGGGCCUUUGCAUUCAACCAGACUCCAGCAGCGUUCACAGUGGGGUCAAAUGGGAAAAAUAUGUUUUCAUCUGGAACCUCAGUUUCUGGUCGCAAGAUAAAGACUGCUGUUAGACGCAGGAAAUAAAGGUCACAAUGGUGUUAACAGUUUUAACAGCUGUGCCCUACUUCACAUACUGGAUUAUACUAUGCUGGGGUUGUCUGAAGUCAGAUCUGCCCAAGACUUCUUUAAUUUUGGGACUUUCUUUUCUCUCUUUUUUUUUUUUGGUAAUAGAAAUCCCGUCCUCUCAUUUCCCCAAUCUCUUUUAAAAAUAAUAGCUAGACUGGUGACUGAUUCUUCGGCAAAAAUGUUUUUCGAUUCAGCAAAUUAUUCACUGAUAUGGCAUUGGCUGGCUGAACCCAGGAAUAAACCCACUUUGCGAAUGGCUUUGUAUAGAACCUCUUUGUCAGCACUCUGUGUGCAUUGCUAUGCGUUUAUGGAACACAUGGAAAUUGUAAUUUUAUCUGAGGAAUUCUGUAUAGGUUAGAGGAUGUUGAAAUGAAUGAUUUCUCUGCUGAGUUUGUGCUGGUGUAUGUGUGAAUUGAGUGAGUUGGGUGUAUUGUGCACUAAAAUUUUCUGAUAGAGGAAGCCUGAUUACAGAAGAGUCCAUGCUAAGGACUUGUUAGAUCUAGUUCCUUCUCCAUUUAAUAAUUACAUGCUAUUUCUAUAUUUUCAUUCUUCUACCACCUGUCUUGCCUUUUUCAUUAUUUUAUUAUGAAAGUUGUGUAAAUACAAUUUUGUUUCUGUACUUUUUUGGCAUAACUAAAUCUGUGAACUUGAAAUUUUAAUUUUGUGUUAGAAAUGUUUUUGUUGUUUGUUUAGUCUUGUCUCAGAUUUUAUUAUGUAAAUCCCAUUAUUCAAAGUUGCCUAAAUCCAUUUGGAAAUCUUUAAAAAAAAAUUGGGGAUUGUUAAAAUGAAUUUAUUGGCUUUUCUGAUCCAUUUUUGUUUGGACCAAAAACCAGUAUUGUACAAAGUAUUAAGCAUAUAUUUUUAUAUUUACUGAAAUGGACUGUGGUGACUUUGGAUAAUAAGGAAAAGUUUAAUAUUAAAGCCAUGUUUAUUACAGUAUAAUUAACAUGUUAAACCAUGGGAUAAAUGCCAUCAAUAAAAAAUUAUGAAAUA